AUGCCGGCUCCUACAGCUCUUCAGAAGCCUACUGAGGCUGUGCCUGUUCAGUCUACCCCCAUAGACCAAGAUGAUGAAGUCUUGAUCGACGCUCAGGCCGAGCCAGAUCUCUCAGCCCCGGCUGUAGACUCGGCAGAGGAUAGUGAAAUGCGCAUCGACGAAGAAGGCCGUCCAGUAUUCACACCUGCAAAAGAAGUCAAUCACGCAUACCGGGUCGAGACUCGCAAAGUGCCCGUGCCACCACACCGCAUGACGCCGCUCAAAGCCAACUGGACCAAGAUCUGCCCUCCGAUCGUCGAACACCUCAAGCUGCAAGUGCGGAUGAAUGUUAAGAGCCGAGCGGUGGAAUUACGUACCUCGAAGUUUACCACCGAUGUAGGAGCUCUCCAAAAAGGUGCCGACUUCAUCAAAGCCUUCACCUUGGGCUUUGAUAUAGAUGAUAGUAUUGCCCUUCUACGUCUGGAUGAUCUCUAUAUCGAGACCUUUGAGAUCAAGGACGUGAAGACUUUGAACGGGGAGCAUCUUGGACGUGCUAUCGGCCGUAUUGCUGGCAAGGAUGGAAAAACCAAAUUCGCAAUUGAGAAUGCCAGCCGAACACGAGUUGUACUGGCGGACUCAAAGAUUCAUAUCCUUGGAGGGUUCAAGAAUAUUCAUAUUGCUCGUGAGGCUAUUGUUAGCCUAAUUCUGGGCAGUCCUCCGGGCAAGGUGUACGGUAACCUCCGAACAGUGGCCUCGCGAAUGAAGGAAAGAUUCUGA